AUGAUCGACGGUCGCUGUUCCGCGGCGUGUAUGCUCACGGCGACGACGAGCAUGACGCUCGACAUCGCCGCCAUCGGGUCGACGCCCAUGGCGCGUUGUGACGCGCUCGGCGCACACGCGCGCGCGCUCGACGGACACGCGCCGUUCGCGCGCGGCGAAGCGGUCGACGCGAGGCGCGCGCCGAUGCGCGCGUCGGCGUCGGCGGCGACGGCGGCGACGGCGCCGCGCGCGACCGCGAGGCGCGCGCGAAUCGCGAACGCAAAGGCGCGCGGGACGACGACGACGACGCGCGCGUGCGUGAACUCGCCCGAGGGCGUGUUGGCGGCGCUGGUGUGCGUGGGGACGUGCGCGGGAGUGUUGGAGAAGCGCACGCGCGUCGGGGCGCGCGUGUCGGGGCCGGUGCUGGCGAUGGCGAGCGCGAGCGCGCUGGCGAGCGCGAACGCGCUGCCGGGCGCGAGCGCGGCGUACGAGGCGGUGUGGACGACCGUCAUGCCGAGUGGGGUGGUCUUAGCGUUGUUAGCGAGUGGGAAGGCGCUCGUGGGGAAGGGAUGGACGGGGGCGGGUGAGGACGUGGCGAAGGCGUUCGUCGUCGGCGCGUGCGGCACCGUCGUCGGCACCGCGGCGGCGUUCGCGGCGUGCGGACGCGCACUCGGUACGCACGGAGCGAAGAUCGCGGGGUGUUUGUGCGCGAGCUACAUCGGUGGCAGCUUGAAUUUUGCGGCGACGGCGCAGGCGUUGGACGUGGUGAACGCGGGAGGGAAGGCACUGUUGACUGGCGCGAUGGCGGCGGACAAUCUCGCGAUGUGCGCGUAUCUUGCGGCGCUCUUCGCAAUUAAGACUUCGGGGCCGAGUGAGGAAGAAAGAUCGAGGGAGGUUGAGAGCGGCGAACGAGUUUUGAGUGGUGUCACGGCGGCGUCCGCAUGCGCAUCGCUCGCGAUGGCGUUGAUUGUUUUGGAAUUGUCGCGUCUCGUCGCCGCCGGAUUCGGCGCGCCCAGUUUAUCGCUGGGCGUCGCGUGCGUUUUGGCGCCCAUCGUCUCGAUUUCGGCGAGCACGAUCGCUCGGACGUCAAAAUCUGAAUCAAGGAAUUUAUCCAGUAUUUUGGCGUUUUCUGGAUCGCAACCGAUGAGCGAGGCGCUCAUGCUCUUGUUUUUCGCUACGCUCGGCGCCAUGGUGGAUUUGCGCACAAUUUUUGCGACGCUCUCGGGCGGCGCUAUGUUGCCAUUCAUCGCGAUUCUUCUCACAACACAACUUGUGUUCACUCUGCUUGUCGGUCACAAGUUAUUGAAGAUCCCAUUGUGGGCCGUGCUCGUCGCGGCGAACGCGAAUGUGGGCGGACCAGCGACCGCCGCAGCGAUGGCCGCAGCGCGCGGAUGGCGUCAAGCCUUUGCACCGGCGGUGGCCACGGGGAUAUUCGGUUAUUCGAUCGCGACUUUGAUCGGCGUCGCGAUAGGAAUUUUUUUAGCGUAG